AUGAGCACAGCAAAUAUGACAUCAGAAGCAGAAAUAGACGAUGAGAUUUCAGAUCUCAAGGCACGAGUGGAAACACUCAGGGGCCAGGUCCGCCUCCAAGCCAGCGUCCUUCUCACAACAAGCCCCGCGCGCCAGGCAAUCACAGCAGACACCAGCGCAAAGGGGCUACAGGAGCGCCUCGAGAAGCAGAUAGCCUACGACCAGCACUGUCUCUACCGCGCCUGCGCCGGCAUCACCACCUUCCGCGUGCGCGACCCGGACCCGAACGCCGUCGACGGCGGCAACGUCCUGGGCGUGCGCAUCGAGGUCAUGACGCGGUCCAAGUUCCUGCGGCCCUACUUCGUGCUGCUGAACCGGCCCUACUCUGGGAAUGAGCAGAGAAAGCGGUUCCUGCGUGUGCACCGCCACACGGCCCCACCGUGCAUCCCGCUCGGUGGCCUGGCGGCGCGGUACCUGCCUGCUCCGAAGCCGGCGAGGACGGGCGGCGAGAACGGGGACGCGGCCCCGGAGAGGCGCCAGGACCUGUCGGGCUUCGUGAGGUGUCUGCGCCGGGACAUUGUGCGGUACCACAACCGCGUGUCCGUCAUCGCGGACCUGCGCAGGGCCGUGGGCCUGGAUGGCAAGCGGAGGGACGCGGAGGAGCUGGCGGAGAGCAGCCCGCUCUUGGCGAUCAGCGCGGCGGACACCGAGGCGAAGCAGGUCCGGGUCGACUGGAAAGACGGCCGAUCGGGGCGGCUCGUCAUUGGCGAUGACGGCGACGUGGUCAAGCUGGUCGUGUUCGGGGACAUGGGCCGCGACCGGGAGGUGACCAGGGAGCUAUUGAGUGAGGGCUCACGACUGGAGGAUGUCGCUCGCAAGCUGGGCUCUGUGUGA